UCGGCUCACAUUACCAAAGCUCACGUCUCUCCCCAUAACCACACCUGUCGGCCGCGAACCGCUGUUGCAAACCGCCGUCACCAAACGGGUAUCGUACUCGUCUCACCGCAAUGGCGACGACGGCGGCAUGCCGAGCUCUUGUCGCAUUCUUCGUCGUCCUAGCCGUCUCCGUUAGCGGUGUUUGGUCCAAGUCGUUCACUAUGACCAACAACUGCCGGUACACGGUGUGGCCAGGGAUCCUGUCCGGCGCCGGUUCGGCGGGGUUGGACAGCACGGGCUUUCAGCUCGCGCCGGGGCAGUCGCACACCAUGUCAGCGCCGGCGGGGUGGUCAGGACGUCUCUGGGGCCGGACCCUCUGCUCUACGGACAGCAGCGGCAAGUUCAGCUGCGUCACGGGAGACUGCGGCUCCGGCCGUCUGGACUGCGCGGGAGGCGGGGCCGCGCCGCCAGCGACGCUUGCGGAGUUCACGCUCGAUGGCAGUGGCGGCAUGGACUUCUACGACGUGAGCCUCGUGGACGGGUACAACCUCCCGAUGCUCGUGGCACCGCAGGGCGCGUCCCCGGGAGGGAACUGCGCGCUGACUGGGUGCAUGGUGGACCUGAACGGCGCGUGCCCUACCGACCUCCGGGUGACGUCGGCCGGCGGCGGCGUGGCGUGCAAGAGCGCGUGUGAGGCGUUCGGGUCGGCGCAGUACUGUUGCAGCGGCGAGUACGGGAACCCGAACACGUGCCGGCCGUCGGCGUACUCGCAGUUCUUCAAGAACGCGUGCCCGAGGGCGUACAGCUACGCGUACGAUGACGCCACCUCCACCUUCACCUGCCCCGGCGGCGAUACCGCCUACACCAUCACCUUCUGCCCCAGCACAACCAGCGUGAAGUCGUCCAGCCCGAACUCGAAGGCGCCGGGGCUGCCGCUCAUCAACGACACCAUGGUGUACCUCGGCGGCGACCAGGUCUGCGCCGCCUGGGCAGUGCGGCCGCCGUCUCUGCUUGUCCUCCUCGGCGUCGUCUUCCUUGCGCUCGCACGCGCGUUCUACUGAGUUCCUGAUGACGGAAACAUGUGCACACGGACCAACGGACACUGAGAUUGACACGGGCACACAUGGAAUCGACUGGCGUAGUUCAGAACUUCAUCUAGAUGCCUAGAAAAUUCAUAAUUCUUUUAGGUAUUUCAGACUUCUAUAGAAUACAUUUGAGUAGCUAGAUUAUCUUUUUUAAGGAUAUUAUUGAGAAGAUGAAUUUAUUUAUUCAACUAGAGUGGAUACUUACGAUACGAAAUAAUCUUGGUGACGAUGAGUAGCGUAAAACUACCGUAUAUUAAUAUCUUAUACUCAUCUAGAUCUUAGUAUUUUCUAUAUUCUCAGAGCAUAUAUUUGUACUCAGAAAGAAAUCCCUAAACAUAUGGAAACUACCUGCAUGUACUAGAAUAUCCCGUAAAUAUGAAAGUUCAUAUCUAAGGAUAA